AUGACAUCUAACAAACAAAUAAUACUCUUUACUUUGGCCGCCACAUUGAUAUUGGUGAUCCAACACACAUCGGCAUUCAACCUUGCCGACUACCCCAAUGCCAGUAACACUGGUGUUCCAUUUGGCACAACUCUUAAAACAAUCAAUGCCUCCACAAUCAAAAAGGCAGGCACAAUCAUUCAAGACAGUCUCAUUAUCGGUUGCCUCACCAUCAAGGCAAACAACGUAACUGUCAGACGUUCAAAGAUCAUUGCUCAGGGAAGAUGUGGCAUUAACAUUUGUCCAGAUGGUGAGUGCGGCUUCCUCAAGGACAUCCUGUUGGAGGACAUCGAGGUCGAUGGCAGCCAGGUCUCAAUCGACGGACUACUAGUUGGUUCACAAGGCUACACCUGUCGUAGAUGUAACAUUCACCAUGGCCGUACAGGACUCGGUCUGCAGUGGAACGUCACCAUUGUUGACUCUUACAUUCACGACACUGAGAGAAAGGAUGUGAACAACACAGCGGUGCACAUCACUGCGGCAUCUGGUCAUGGAGGUGGCAAUCUCAACAUCACACACAACACAAUGAUCUGUGAUGCACCAUCCGGUUGCUCAUCAGCGCUGUCCCUCUACGGUAACUUUGAGAACCUGACCAACAUCAUCGUCCAGAACAAUGUGAUGUCUGCCCGCGCUUCCUACUGUACUUAUGGUGGCUCAUUAGGCGGAAAACCAUACAAGGCUACAAACACUUCCUACAUUGACAACUGGUUCCUGCAAACCUAUUUCCCCAAGUGUGGCAGCUCUGGUGCCGUGGCAGGAUUUGAAAUUGCUAGAGGCAAUGUCUGGGCCAACAACCGUUAUGAGGAUGGUACCAUCGUCAACAUUGUUUAG